AUGGACGGGAGCGGGCGCGGGGAUCGCAACGACGAUGACGAUGAGUGGGACGAGACGAAUAACAGCGGGCUCCCGCCAGACCCGGCGGAGCCCCGUAACAGGAGGCCCGGGGAUGACAGUAACGCGUACGAAGAUGAAUAUGACGAGUAUGGGGAGGAGGGAGAAUACAGCGAAGGAGGCGAACGGGGAGGGGACGCGCGGUAUGGUGAAGAGGGGGAGUAUGGAGAAGAGGGAGAAUACGGGGAGGAAGGUGAAGGGUAUGAGGAUUAUGACCCAGAUGACCCGAAUUACCAGCAGCAGCUGCAGCAACAGCAACAGGGGUUAAGAGCUGCUCCCCCUCCCAAGGGACCUGGGCCUGGGGCAGGAGAGGGUCCGCCCGACGGCCCGCAGGAGGAAAACGAGUAUGAUUAUGACGAGUAUGGUGAGGAGGGAGAGUAUGCGGGGGAGGGUGAGGAGGGAGAAUAUGCGGGGGAGGGUGAGGAGGGAGAAUAUGCGGGGGAGGGUGAGGAGGGAGAAUAUGCGGGGGAGGGUGAGGAGGGAGAAUAUGCGGGGGAGGGAGAGGAGGGAGAGUAUGGGGGAGAGGGUGAGGAGGGAGAGUAUGGGGGAGAGGGUGAGGAGGGAGAGUAUGGGGGGGAGGGUGAGGAGGGAGAGUAUGGGGGAGAGGAUGAGGAGGGAGAGGGGCAAUAUAACGAGGGGGAAUAUGUAGAAGGCGAGUAUGAUGAAGGCGAAUACGUUGAAGGGGAGUAUGCAGAAGAAGAGUACGUUGGGGAGGAAGGAGAGCACGGAGAGGAAGAAGCUUAUAACGAGGACGGGGAGUAUGUUGAAGAUGGGGGAAACGAACAAGCAGCAGAAGGUGAUUAUGAGGAGGGAGAUUACGAGGGUGAGGGGGAGUAUGGGGGGGAGCAUGAGGGGGAGUAUGGUGACGAGUAUGGGGAAGAGCAUAAAGGGGAGCAUGAAGGAGAGCAUGAGGAAGAGCAAGAGGGGGAGUAUGGGGAGGAGCAUGAGGGGGAGUAUGGUGACGAGUAUGGGGAAGAGCAUAAAGGGGAGCAUGAAGGAGAGCAUGAGGAAGAGCAAGAGGGGGAGUAUGGGGGGGAGCAUGAGGGGGAGUAUGGUGACGAGUAUGGGGAAGAGCAUAAAGGGGAGCAUGAAGGAGAGCAUGAGGAAGAGCAAGAGGGGGAGUAUGGGGAGGAGCAUGAGGGGGAGUAUGGUGAAGAGUAUAAAGGGGAGCGUGUAAGAGAGCAUGGGGAAGAGCAUGAGGGGGAGUAUGAGGGAGAGCAGGGGGGGGAGUAUGAGGGAGAGCAAGGGGGGGAGCUUGGGGGGCGAAGAGAUGACUAUGACGACGAGGAUGGCCAUUACAAGGGGGACAGAGCGGGGCAUGUUCACGAAGGGGAUGAGUAUGCUGAAGGUGAGGAGUACAGUGAGGAAGGGGAGGAUUAUGCUGAAGGGGAGGAGGGUUAUAGAGAGGGCCCUGAGGGUGGUUAUAUCGAAGGGGGUGACAAUGCAGGGGAGGAAGGGGUGCACGAAAAACGAGAGGGUAAGGACGAUGGUGGUGGGGUUUACAGUGACGAUGAGUAUGGGGCUGAUGAUAACGGGGAUGAAAAUGAGUACCAGGGGGGAGAAAGGGGCGAUGGGGAUGGGCGGGAGGAAGGGCGUGAAGGGGAAGGGGAUGGGUCGGAGGAAGGAGAUAUGUACAGUGAGCGGGAGAGGUACAGAGGGGAGGAGGGGGAGGAGUAUGAGGAGGAGGAUAGGGGAGGGGAAGGUGAUUACAGUGAUGAAGGUGAUAUGUACGGUGAUGGUGAUGGUGAUGACAGAGGGGAGGAGCAUGAGCUGCGGGGAAGUAGAGACGACCGGUUUGGGGAUGAGGGUGAGGAUGACUAUAACGAAGAGAGAGAGUAUGGUGAUGAUGGGUUUAGUGAUGGCGGUGAUGAUAGAGUUAGUGAGACGGGGUUACGCAGAGAGGACGAGGAAGCAGGGGAGCAUGGAGGGGAAGCAGGGGAGCAUGGAGGGGAAGCGGAGAGCGGGGAUGCAAGGUAUCAGGAGGGAGUUGAGGGAGAGGGGGAAGGAGAGGGAGAGGAGGAGAGAGGUGGGGAGGGGGAAGGAGAUGGGGAGGGAGAGGAUAACGGAGAGGGAGUGGGAGAGGAAAACGGAGAUAGAGAGGGAGAGGGAGAGGGAGGAGAGGGAGAGGGAGAGGGAGAGGGAGAGGGAGAGGGAGAGGGAGAGGGAGGAGAGGAAGGAGAAGGGGAAGGAGAAGGAGAAGGGGAGGAUGGUGGGGAGGGUGAGGAGCGAGAGGGAGGGCUGUUGCAUGCAGGCAUGGAAAGGGGGGGGAGUGAGUAUAGCGAGGGAGACGAGGGGGAGUACAGUGAAGGGGAGCGCGACGUGGGGAGAGGUGGCUUAAGAGACGAGCAGGAGGGAGAGGGUGAUGAUUAUGAUGAUGGACGGAGGUAUGGGGGGGACGAGGAGGAUGUGAGUGAGGGAGAGAAAGAGUGGGGUGAGAGGGGGGAGGAAGGUGAGGAGAGAGAUAGGGAGAAUAGGGAGGGGGAAGAGGAGAAGGAGGAGGAAGAGGGAGCAGAGGGGGAGGUGCGAGGGAGAGGACGAGGGGGAGAAGAUGGUUCGGAGGAGGGAGGAGAUGAUUUGUAUGGUGGGUCGGAGGGCUCUGAAGCAGAGGAAUGGAGGGAGCAGCAGGCAGGACAGGAGCAGCACGGGGAAAGACAGGACGAGGAUGAUUAUGGUUAUGAUGAAGGUGAUGCUGCUGGUGGUGCUGAGGAUGAGGACGAGGAAUGGCGGCAGCAGGAGCAGCAGGAAGGGGAGGAGCAACAGGACGAGGAGGAAAGGCAGAGGGAUGGUGAUGAGGAGAAUGCGGAGUUGAGGAGGGAUGGGAGGGAGGAGGGGAUGGAGAUGGAGGGGGAAGAGAUGGGCGAGGACAGAGAUUUGUUCUCAGAUGAAGAUAGAGAGGAAGAGAGAGAUGAAUUUGAAGAGGACAGAGAUGAUUACAGAGGCGAAGUUGGAGGAGAAGACAGAGGGGAAGGUAGAGGAGAAGAUGGUGAUUAUGGUGAGGGUGAAGGGGAGUUUGAUGGUGGGGAAGGAGGAGGGGAUCGCAGUGCUGCUGGGUCUGCUGCUGCACGCAGCAGUGGUGGGAGUGAGUAUGAUGAUGAUGGGGGGAGCGCCCGUGGGAGUGAGUAUGACGAGGGGGGUGAUUUGUAUGAUGGCGAUGGUGCUAGUGAUGAUGGCAGAGGGGAGGACGAGGCUGCAGGAGCUGCUACUGCUGGUGUGGAUGGUGAUGUGGAUGGUGGUGGGGGUGAUGGUGGGGGUGAUGGUGGGGACGAUGAUGGAUACGGGCAGUAUGAAGACGGGUAUGAGGAUGAGGAGGACGCGGAAGCAAGGGGAGUGGAGGAUGAAGGGGAGAGAGGGCAGCAGCAGCAAGAAGGAGAGGGUGAAGAGGAGGGUUAUGAGGAUGAGGAAGGGGUGAGAGGAGGAGGUGGGGAGCGUGAGGGAGAGGAGGAGGCGGAGGAGGAGGAGUUGUAUGGGGAUGAGUAUGAUGAGUAUGGGGAUGGAGUGGAGGGAGAGGAGGGGGAGGAGGGGGCUGAGGGGCGCGAAAUGGGAAGGGGCGAAGUUGGGAGAAGAGUGGUGCGUGGAGGGGUGGGGGCGGUGGAGGAGGGGAAUGGGGAGGAGGGCCCGGAAGGGGAGGAGGAGGAGGAUGAGGGGGAACGGGAGGAUGGGGAGGAGAAGCGAGAGCAUGAGGAGGAGGAGGAGGAGGAUAUGUAUGGUGAAGAGGAUAAAGAUGAGUAUGAUGAAGAUGGUUAUGGUGAUGGGCAUGAAAGGGACAUGUAUGGGGAUGAAGAGGAGGAGGAUGGGUAUGGGGCGGGUGAUGGGUAUGGGGAGCAGGAGCAGGAGUAUGGGGAGGAUGGGGAGGGGGUUGUGGAUGUUGAUGGGGAUGCAGAUGGUGAUAUUGGAGAGGAGGAGCUUAGGCGUUCCCUGGAUGGAGAACAAGAGGGGCGGCUGGAGGGAGAAGGGCAUGAGGAGGAGGGAGAGGGAAGGGAAGAGGAAGGUUUGCGAGUCGAGGGGAGAGCGGAGGAAGAGUAUGAGAGAAGCGAUGAUGGUAGAGGAGGUGGGGGGUCGGAUAAGGAGGAGGAUGGCUGGAGGGACGAUGGGAGUGAGAAGCAGCACGAAGGGGAAGGGCGUUUGGAUGGUGAAGGGGAGGAGGUGUGGGAUCGGGAGGAGAGGGAGGUGUGGAGUGACGAGGAGGGGGAGAAGUGGAAUGGGAGGAGAGGGGACGGAGACGAGGGGAGCGACGGUGACAGGUACGAGAGGGAGGAAGGGGAGGGAUGGAGUGAUGAGGAGAGGGAGAAGUGGCGAGAAGAGGGAGAGGGAGAGGGGGAGCGGGAAGGGGAGGGAGAGGGUGAAAGGAGAGGAAGACACGCAGAGAGCGAAGACGGGGAGGAGCGGUGGAGUGAGGGAGAAAGGUCAGAUGAUGGACGGGAGGAGGAUUAUGAGGGGGUGGAGAGAGGUGGGAAAGAGGGGUUUGAUGCAGGGGCGAGAGGUAAGAGCGGACAAGGCAUGGUCAAGCGAGUCAACGGAGAGAUCUUGCCUGGAAGCGGGGGUAUGAACGGGCGGGGAGGGUCCGAGGAUUAUUCAGACGAGGAAGAGGAAGGGAGGGAUGGGGAGGUGGAGGGGGAGGGAGAGGGGGAAGUGGGUGGGUUGGCAGGGGAUGGAGAAAAGGGUUCUGUGCGGGUGUAUGAGGUGGGGGCUGGGUGGGAGGAAGGGGGUAGUGAGGAUGGGGGGUUGGACUCUGGCGGGGGAGGGAGUGUGGUGGAAGGAGGGGAUGGCAGGGAGAGUGACGAGGAGCAAGAGGCGAGAGAGGAGAGAGGGGAGGGGGAGGAGGGAGAGGAGGGAGAGUAUGUUGUGGAUGGGGAGGAAGAAAGGGAGUAUGGUGAGGGAGAGAGUGACGGGGAGGGGAGAGACGGGAGCAACAGGGCAGCGAGGUUUGCAGUGGGGGAAGAAAAAUCGGAGGUAGAGGCGGAGGAGGAGCAUGCAGGAGGGGAGGUGGUGGAGGAGGAGGAAGAGUAUGAGGAGCAGGGUUAUGGGGAGGAAGGUGCGAGGAGAGAGAGGAGGUCAUGGAGGGGUUCGGGGAGUUUCAAUGGCAGUGGGAGCUGGGACGAGCGGGGAGGCGGGGAGAGAGAGAGAGAGCAGGACAUGUAUGGGUCAGGAUCGGAAGACUUGGAGUAUGAGAGGGAUGGUCGGUACGAGCGAGAGGGCCGGUUUGGGAGAGAGAAUGAGUAUGAGUAUGGAGACGAGGAGGAGGAGGAGGGGGGUGAGUAUGAGGGAGAUGGUAAUGGGUAUAGGGGGCAUGGAGAGCGCCGCAGCAGGAGGAGAGGCUCUUUUGGGGAUGAGGAUGAGGAUGAGGGUGGUGAUGGUGGUGGUGAUGGUAAUGGUGUGCUUGUGGGAGGGCGGGCCAGCAGUGGUGAAGCAUCACCUGUGUCACAGGGACGAGAGGAAGGAGAGGGAGGAGAUGGAGGGGAAGGUGAGGGCGGAAGGGAUGGGUUUGCACUGUUCAACCUUCCAGCGGGGUUGCCCUUAGGCAUGCCGCAAGGCUUGCCCCAAGGCCAGCCAGUUGACUACUCGGUCGGGGACCUCGAGAAGGCGUUUCGUGCCAUGCAAUCUGGUGCUGCUGCUGCUGCUGCUGCUGAAUCGGGGUCGAAACCAGGAAUGGGAAAGGCGAGGGACAGAGCGACAGGGGCAGUGGAAGGGGGUGGAGAGGGAGGAGAGGGGGAGAAGGAGGGGCGAGCGGGGUUUGCACUAUUUGAUCUGCCUGCUGAAAUGGCGAAUAUCCCCCUGGGCCAACACGUGGACGAAUCAGUGGGCGACCUGUGGAAGGCGUUUCAAUCCAUGCAGGGGAGGGGCGGAGUGGCUGCUGUGGGUGGUGGGGGGGGGAUUGGAGAGUUAGGUGCUCUUUCUGCUGCUGCUGGUGGUGGUUCUGCUGCUGCUGGUGGUGCUGCUGGUGGUGCUCGUGGCGGCCUAAAGAUUCAUGAAGAGGCUGAGGAGGGGGAAAGUGGAGACGAAGGGAGUGAAGGCGAGGAUCCCGGUGGGCAGGAGAGGGGAAAGCAGCAAAGGGAGCAGGCAGAGAAGGAGGAGGAAGAGGAGGAGGAAGAGCAGGAUGAGGUGGGUUUGUCAUUCCUGGAUAAACUAAACCAGCUGCAGCAGCUGCAGGAGCAUGGGAACGGGUUGGGCGUGCCUGCAACGGGGAUGGGAAGCUUGCUGCAAGAAGGCAUGGGCAUGGGGCUGGGAGCAGGCAUGGGCAUGGGCAUGGGCAUGGGCAUGGGCAUGGGCAUGGGCAUGGGUAUGAGCAUGCUGGGUAGCCCUCUGAACAGCCCGUUAUCAGCCAUGGGAAGCCCUUUCGGCAUGUCCGAUCCGUCCUUUCCGUCCCCAGCCUCGCACUCCCCCAACACACUCCCCUCGUCCCCGGGAGGUGGGAGGGCGGGCGGAGCGGGCGAGGCAGCAGCAGUGGGAGGGGAGGAUGUGGGCGUGGAGAAUCGGAAGCUGCCGGAGAACGUGCUACAGCUGAUGCGGGAGAAGAAGCCCGUUGUGCCUGGCACGGCGGAGCGCGAUGAUGAUGAGGAUGAGGAUGAUGAUGAUGAUGAUGAUGAUGAUGAUGAUGAUGAUGAUGAUGAUGAUGAUGAUGAUGAUAGUUUGAUGGGGGGAGAGGUGCGCGCACGAGACGAAGAGGAAGAGGAGGAGGAGGAGGAUGGGGGGGGAGGAGGGUUUGGGCUGUUGGAUCAGCUGUUGAACUUCCAAGGCUCAGGGCCUCCUGGGGGCAUGGGCAUGGGCAUGGGCAUGGGCAUGCUGAUGGGGGGGGAUGGAGGCCUGCCGCUCUCAGAGAACGCUCCUGCUGGCUUGGCUGGUGGCUUUGGUGAGCUGCUAGCCGCCAGUGCUGCCCUCCUCGGCCCCAACAGCAGUGCUCUGCCAAAGCCGCCCCAGGAUGCCCCGGAUUCUCCCGACAGUGGCCCUCUAGCCGGGCUUCUGAGCAUGCAGAAUGAUGCAGGAGGGAAGGGCGGUGGGGGCCUGGCAGGGGGGUUUCCGAUGGAUGGGGGGCUGGCAGGGGCGUUUGCACGGCUGCAGGAGGAGGAGAAGAAAGGGGGAAGGGGGACGGAGGGGAAGGCGGUAGGGGGCACACCACGUGUGACGCGGGUGAGGUUUGUUGAAGAGCCGGAGGAGUGGGGGGCUGGAGAUGUGCAGGAGGAGGAUGAGGAGGAGGAAGUGGAUGAGGAGGAGGAGAGAGGGGAGGAUGAGAGGGAGGAGGGAGAAGACCGUGAGGGGAUGGUGGAGGAGGAUGAGGUUAGGGAAUAUGGGGAGGAGGAGGGAGACGAAAGUGGGAGGAGUGGUGAUCAAAGGGGUGAAGGCGAAGGGGAAGGCGAGGAGGAAGAAGAGGAGGGGUAUUAUGAGGGAGGGGAGCGCAGGGAUGGGGAGCAGGGCGAGGAGGAGUAUGGGAGGGAGGACGAUAUGUAUGAAGAGGGGGAUGGGUACCCGAGGGGGGAGUAUGAAGGAGAGGAGGCGGGUGGGUUUGAAGACGAAGGGGAGCGUUUUGAGGGCGAGGAAGGGCGGAUGGAUGGAAGUGAAAGGUAUGAGGAUGAGGAGGGGGCGUAUGAUGAGGAUGGGUAUGGAGAGAGGGAGUAUGGGGAGGAAGGGCAGCAGAGAGGAGAGGGGUAUGAGGACGAGGAGGGUAUUGGAGAGGAAGGGGAGAUGAGGGAAGGGAUUGUUGAAGGGAGUGAUGACAUGUAUGGACAGGAGGGGCAUGAGGGAGGGAUGGGGCAAGGGAACGAGGAGAUGUAUGGAGAGGGGGAAGAUGGGGAGAUGUAUGGGGGAGGGGAAGGGGGCGAGAUGAUUGAAGGGGAGGAGGGAUAUGAUGAGGGGGAGUAUGGGCACAUGGAGGGGGCAGAACAGGGGGAGUAUCAGGAGCAGGAGGGGUAUGAUCAGGACCAGGCAGGGUUCGAAGAGCAGGGGGAGGGCUUUGGUGAAGAGGAGGGGCUGUAUGGAGAGGAAGGGGAAUACGAGGAGGAGCAAGGGAGGGUGCAUGGGCAAGGGUAUGAAGGAGAGGAAGGAGAGGAAGGGGAGUAUGGGGAAGGUGGUGAGGGAUACGGAGAAGAAGAGCAGUAUCCUGGGGAGGGACAGUACCCGCCAGAGGAACAAUACCCGCCAGAAGAACAGUACCCGCCAGAUGCUGAGGGAUAUGACGGGCAGUACCCUCCUGAUGAGCAGUAUCCCCCAGACGAGCAGCAGAGAGGAGGGUAUGGAGGAGAAGCAGAGGAGGGGUAUGGCGGUGAUGGGAAUGAGGAUGGGCAGUUUGAGGAGGGCGGCAUGCAAGGAGAGGGGUAUGGGGAGGAUGAGUAUGGGGGUGCUGGUGGGCAGGAGGAGGGGUAUGGGCAAGAGGGGGAGUAUGGGCAGGAGGGGGAGUAUCAUGGGGGAGAGAUGCUGCAGGAAGAGGAAGAGUAUCAGGGGGACGAACAGUAUCAGGAGGGUGAACAGUAUCAGGAGGGUGAACAGUAUCAGGGGGACGAACAGUAUCAGGAGGGUGAACAGUAUCAGGAGGGUGAACAGUAUCAGGGGGAUGAACAGUACCAGGAGGGUGAACAGUAUCACGAGGGUGAACAGUAUCACGAGGGUGAACAGUAUCAGGGGGAUGAACAGUACCAGGAGGGUGAACAGUAUCACGAGGGUGAACAGUAUGAGGAAGCAGAGGAGGGGUAUAACCAGGGGGACGGGUAUGUGGAAGGUGAGUAUGGAGGGGAUGGGGGUGAAGGUGGGGCGGGCAUGGGGUUUCAUGGGGAGGAGGGGCAUGAUGAGAUGGGGUAUGCAGAGGAGGAGCAGUAUGCAGAGGGGGGAGGGGAGGGUGGCGCAGGGGAUGGUUAUGAUGGUGGGGAGGUGUAUGGGGAAGGAGGGGGGUAUGGGGAGGGAGAGGGGUAUGGGGAGGGAGAGGGGUAUGGGGAGGGAGAGGGGUAUGGGGAAGGCAUGGAGGCACAUGGGGAGGAGGGGCAGGGAUAUGGGGAGGGAGAGGCAGAGUAUCAUGAUCAGGAGCAGCAGUAUGAGGGAGAGGGGGGAUACGAAGGAGAGGGUGGUUAUGAGGGUGAGGGAGGUUAUGCAGGGGAUGGGGGCGAUGGUGAUGGUGGUGGUGGCGUUGGGAUGGGUUUAGGCAGCCCUAUAGCACACAUGGGUGCGAACUCAGGCAUGGGGCCAGGAGGGGAGUUUGGUGGUGGCAUGGCGGGUGAUGGGUAUGGGGAGAUUGAGGGGCAACAGGGGUAUGGGCCGGAGCAUGGGCAGUAUAUGGGGCACGACGGUGAGCAGUAUAAUGGGGAGGGGCAGUAUAACGAAGGUGAGCAUUAUAAUGAAGGGGAAUAUAACGAGGGUGAGCAGUAUAACGAGGGUGAGCAGUAUAACGAAGGGGAGCAGUAUGUCGAAGGGGAGCAGUAUGUCGAAGGGGAGCAGUAUGUCGAAGGGGAGCAGUAUGUCGAAGGGGAGCAGUAUAACGAAGGCGAGCAGCAGUACCAAGAAAACGGCCAGGGUGCGGAGCAAUACGAGGGACAGUAUGGAGGACCCGAGGGGCCUGGAGAAUACCAUGAGGGCUACCAAGGAGGAGAAUACCCAGAGGAGGGAUACCAAGAUGGGGCGUAUCAUGGGGAAGAGGGGUACCAUGAAGGGGGGGAGUAUCCAGAAGGGGAAUACCAUGAGGAUCAGGCCGGGUACUAUGACGGGGAAGGAGGAGAUGGUGCAGGUGGUGGUGACGGUGGUGCUGCUGCUGGUGCUGGUGCUGUUGCUGAUGGGCAGUAUAUGGGGGGUGGUGAUGGUGCAUAUGGUAUGAUGCAGGGGCAGCAGGAGGAGGAUGGGUACAUGGGAGAACGGGACCAGGCAGGCUUGCAGGGAGCGUACGGGGGAGCAGGUGGGGUGGGAGAAGGGGAGGGCGGUGGAUAUUCCCCUGACGGGCGUUACUACGAGGAGCAUGUGCGGCUGAACGGGGCAGGAGACGGAGGGGGAGAGGGGGGAGGAGGAGGGGGAGGGGGAGGAGGAGGAGGGUACUAUGGUAGGCCGCCGGGUAGCCCGUAUCCCAUGAACGUACCCGGGAGUCCCUAUCCUGACGAGCGGCCUAUGAGCCCGUAUGCGGACGGGCAGGGGUAUGAUGCUGGGGAGCAAUACGGGGACGGGCAGGGGUAUGACGAGGGGCAGGGGUAUGGGGAUGGGCAAGGGUAUGCAGAAGGACAGGGGUAUGGGGAUGGGCAAGGGUAUGCGGAGGGUCAAGGGUACGAGGAAGGGCAGAUGAGCCCCUAUCCUGAUGGCAAUCCCAUGAGCCCUCUUCCUGACGGGCAUUACCCGGAUAGCCCCUACCCUGGCGCCCUUUACCUCGACCAGCAGCAGCAGCAGCAGCAGCAGCAGCUGGGGGGAGACGGGGAGGAGCAGCAGGAGUAUGGGGAGGGCGCGGGCAUGACCCCGUACCCCGAGGAUGGCGGCAUGAUGAGUCCGUUUGGGGAUGGUGGCGGUGGUGGUGGUGGUGGUGGUGGUGGUGGUGGGCAGUACGGGGAAGGGCAGUAUGAGGAAGGGCAACUCAGCCCAUAUGGGUACCCUGACGGCGGCGGCGGCGGUGGGGGCGGCCAUGGGUAUGAAGGGGAGCAGGCGUAUGGUGGCGAGCCGGGAUACAGCGACGGGGAGAUGAGUCCAUACACACCCCAGGCACCCCUCAGCCCCUUCCCCGACCAGCAGCAGCAGCAGCAGAGGCCGAUGAGUCCGCUGCAGGGGGACAGGCCUGGUAGUCCGUACGGCGCCAUGCAGGCCCCUGGGAGCCCGUACCAUCAUGAGCAAGCGCCUGGGAGCCCUUAUCACCAUGAGCAGGCUGCAGGCAGCCCGUACCACCACGAGCAGCCCCCUGGGAGCCCGUACCACGAGGAAGGGGGCGCGGGAGGGGGCGGUGGCAGUGGCGGUGGUGCGUACUAUGGGGAACGGCUGGGAAGCCCGUAUCACCAGCAGCAGCAGCAGCAGCAGCAGCAGCAGCAGCAGCAGCAGCAGCAGCAGAACGGGAUGGGGGGGUUGCACGGGGCGAGGAACGCCCCUGGAAGUCCCUACCAUGAGGAAAGGCUUGGGAGUCCUUACCACGAGGAACGGCUUGGGAGUCCGUACCACCAGCAGCCGCACCAGCAGCAGCAGCAGUACGGGAGUGAGUAUGAGCAGAGGGUGGGAAGCCCGUAUCAUAUGGAACCGCCAGGCAGCCCAUAUCACGAAGAGGGGGUGGGAGGGGGAUAUGGAGAGGAGGGUGUGGAGGGGGGGUUUGAUGGGCAGCAGGGGAUGGCAGGGGGCGAGGGCGGGCAGUGGGAGGGGCAGUAUGGGGAGAAUGGCGGCGGGGAUGGGUAUGGUGGCGGGUAUGGGUUUCAGGAGCCGCUGACGCCUACUAGUCCGCAUGAGUAUGCCAUGGCAUUGCACCGAGAGCAGCAGCAGCAGCUGGAGGAGCUGCAGCAGCACCAGCAGCAACAGCAGCAGCAGCAGCAGUUGGGGCAGGGACUUAGGAUUGCCCGCCCAGACUCCUCUCGCUCCUCCGACCGCCCCCCUAGCCGUGUCUCGUACCAGGAUGAUACAGACAGCCGGCCGCCCAGUAGGGUGUCUUAUGCUGAGUCAGACAGCCGCCCAUCCAGCCGCAUGUCUCGAAGAGGGGCGGCAGGGCCGGCAGGAACAGGAGGCGGGGGACCAGGGGCGGUGGGAGCAGGAGGGGGGAGAGGAGGGGUGGAGGUGGGGGAGGAAGGAUACGCUGCGUUUGGGUUCUACGGGCAGCCGUCCCCGCGGUUUGGAGGGGUGGGGAGGGAUAUGGAGCGGCCAACGAGCCGGCAGAUGAGCCGGGGCUUUUCAGGUGCUUCCCACGGGGGGUCGGACCUAGAGCGGCCUGUCAGUCGGCAUGGGGCGGCAGAAUAUGACGAGUUUGGCCGCCCGCUCAGCCCGCUGACCCCACGCAGCCCACUCAGCGGGGAGGGGGUGGAUAGGCCACUGAGUAGACACGGGCAGAGAGGGAUAAUGGGGGUAGAGUAUGUGGAAGGCGCAGGGGGGAUGGGGGGCAUGGGGAGUGGGGGUGACGGGGGUUAUGGGGGUAUGGAUGGGGGGAUGGGAAGUGGAUGGGCAGAUGGGGGAUUGGGAUCACCCAUGGGAGGUAUUGGGGGGGGAUAUGGGGGAAACGGAGCAUUAGGCUCCCCUGUGGGGUUUGGAGGUGGUGGGUUAGGAUCGCCGAUAAGCUUGGGGGUGAUGCCUGGAGGGGAAGGAGGAGGAGGGGGAGGGAUGGGGAGUCCCCUGGGGUCUCCUAUUGGCGGAGGUCCCUUGGGAUCUCCGAUAUCACUGGGUGGCGGUCUGGGCGGCGGGUUGGAGGAUGAUUCUUAUGCGGAGAGUGCGUAUAUCGAGCAUAAGAUGCCGACUCUGCGCGCGGAGGGGCUGCCUAUGGCUCCUCCAGACGACCCUAAUGACAUGCCUGCAAUCUCCUUUGAUAGAGUCACAUCCAUUCGGGGACCUGCAGGUGGCAUGGGAGGAGGAAGAGCAGGAGGAGGAGGGUUUGCGUUUCCUUCUGCGGGCCACGGGGAGGAGUAUGGGGAGGACGAGGAGGAGGAGUACGGGCAUGGGGGCGGGUAUGGCAUGAUGGGGGGGUAUGAGGAUGUGGGUUUCACGAGCAUUGGCGUGGGGGCGGAGCUAGGGCCUGUUCCUGAGGUGGAUGAAGAUGCUCUAUUAGAAGAGGAGGAUGAUGAUCAAACCCCAGGGCUGUUCUCUGCAGGGGAGUUUGACGGGCGGCAGGUGGAGGAGGGCGAGGUGGAGGGCGAAGGGGAGGAUGAGGAAGGCGAGGAGGGAGAGGAGGAGGAGGAGGCGGAGGAGGCGGGCGAGGAGGGAGGGUAUGGGGAUGGGGGGUACGAGGAGGGAGGGUACGGCGAGGGAGAGGAUGGAGGGAACGGGGUCGCUGGAGGGGACCUCGAGGAGGGAGAGGAGGGCGAGGAGGGGUAUUAUGGAGAAGAAGGGAUGGGGGGUGAGGGUGGCAUGGGGAUGGAUGGAGGGGAAGGUUAUGGGGGGGAAGAAGGGGGGUAUGGGCAGGAAGGGCUAGAGGGGCAAGAGGGAGGGGGGUAUGGAACGGGAGGGUCUGGUUUCGACAACCAGUGGGUGUCUCCUCGGCCCAUGCCACCUGGUGCUGCUUCCUCUGCUGCUGCUGCUGGUGCUGCUCAGGGAGGGAAUGAGCCUGGAAAUGACCCGGACUACUACUCCCAGUUGAUGCCUGCUGACGGUGCGUCAACCCCGCGCCUGAGCCCGUACAACCCGUGGGAGGAGGAGGAGACGCUGCUGCUGGAGGGGUCUGUUGCGCAGCACAAGCCUAAGCUGCAGAAACAGCAACAGAAGCAGCAGCAGCAGCAGCAGCAGCAGCAGCAGCAGCAGGAGCAGCAGCUGCAGGAGCAGGAGAGAGGGGCAGGGAAGAAGAGUGUUGGUGGGCAGGAGGGGAAGGGCAAGGCUGGAGGGAAGGCAGCCUCUCCUGAAAAGGCUGUGGCAAAGAGGGCAGCAGCUGCUGCAGCAGCAGGUGCUGCUGGUGGUUCUGCGAAGGAGAAGGUGGGGAAAAAGGCGUUGUCAGGUACAAAGAAAGCGUCUGCUAAGGUGAAAGAUGCGGCUGUACGGAACGGCUUGCCUGCCCCAGCUGCUGCUGCUUCUGCUGCAUCUACUUCUGCUGCUGCGACUACCACUCUGCAAAAGAAGACAAAGAAACCCGCACAGAAAGCAGCAGGAGGGAAGGGUACCAGGAAAAAGGCAGCGGCAGCAGCAGCAGGAAGCACAGGAGGAGGUGGAGAAGGAGGAGAAGAGCAGUCAAGAGCUAUGGAGGCGGAGGAGGAGGAGGAGGGUAUGGCAUCGGACUUCGCCGCGAUGGUCACUGCUGCUGCUACAGCCGCCGCUGUUGCCGCCACCAUGCCUCUCAGUGACGGCUCGGCCGCCUCUGCCGCUGCCGCUCGGUCAGCUGCUGCAGCCGCGGCGGCUGCCGCCACCAGCAGUGCAGCAGCAGCGGGCGGGCCCAAUUCAUUGCUCAGCCCUAGCCCGAGCCGAUCCGCCUCUGCUGCUGCCUCUCCUUAUUCUGCUGCUGCUGCUGCUGCUGCUGCUGCGGGUGCGGCUCACCGCAGUGACAGUGACGGGGUAGUGCAUAGUGCUAUAGACUCGCUCUCUCUCCUAGAGAUCCCGUGGGCAGAGCUGAGAAGAAGAGGCAUUUACCAAGAAGACUACGCCUCUCCUCCUAUGCUUCUUGCUGAUCACUCCCCAGCUGCCAGCAUAUCACAGGGUAGCAUCAGCGGUUCUGCUGCCUCUGCUGCCGCCGCUGCCGCUGCUGCAGCUGGUAGUAGCAGCAGCAGGGGAGGGACUCCCAAUGGUUCUGCUGCCACUGGUGGUGGCAGUAACAGCAGCGUGGGUCCCAGCGCUGCUGGUAAUGGCGCUAUGGAGCUAGACUCGUUUGUUGACCUGUGCUUGGAUGAAAUGGUACCUUCUGGGAAGAAUGAGCAGCUGCUGCAUCAGCAGCACGAGCAGCAGCAGCAGCAGCAGCAGCAAGGGAGGGGUGGGGGGAGAGCGGAGGAGACGAGCAGCGGCAGUGCGAGGGACUCAGGCAAGGGCACUGCGGCAGGGAUAGGUGCUGGUGGUGGGGAGAGCAGCAGCGCGAGUGCGAGUGAUGGGCUGACCACGGAGGGCUCGCAGGCGUUCAUGCUGCUCACCAACCGCAGCCCUGCCAUCACUGAGAGGGAAUUCCGCCCCUUCAUUCGCCAUGGUACGGACCCACCCCUCCCUCCCUCCCUCCCUCCCUCCCUCCCUCCCUCCCUCCCUCCCUCCCUCCCUCCCUCCCUCCCUCCCUCCCUCCCUCCCUCCCUCCCUCCCUCCCUCCCUCCCUCCCUCCCUCCCUCCCUCCCUCCCUCCCUCCCUCCCUCCCUCCCUCCCUCCCUCCCUUCACUGCCAGACAUACCCAUGAUCGUUCCGCCGUCCCCCGACUCUCUCGCGCACGCAGCAGCCCUCCUGACCGCAGCGCAGGAGCACGAGCACCAGCAGCAGCGCGCGCUCGGCUUCGGCGGCCUGGACCGCCGCCUGCUCCUCUGCAUCCUCUCAACCAUCGACUCCCCCCGCGACUGGCUUUCCUUCUCCCUCGCGUGCAAGCCCUGGCGCGCAGCAGCCUACUACGGGCUACGCUCCCUGCGCCUGCACCGGGGCCGGAGAGUCAACACAAACGGGCUGAUCCGGGCGCUCUCGCACUGCCCGAAUCUCACCGCCCUGGACAUCCCCGGGAUGAGUCUCGACCAGCCGGUUACCAACGAUCUGCUGUGCACCAUUGGGUAUUCUUGUCCGGACCUCCGGCACUUGUCGAUUGGCGGUGACCCUGAGCUGGGGUAUUCGUUUCGGGAGUCGGGGCUCGCGCUGCUGUUCUCAGGGUGCACGAACCUCGUUGACUUGCGGUUGGAGGCGUUUCAGAGAAUUCAGGUGAAGGGCAACGGUAGCAGCAGCAGCAGCAGCAGCGGUGGCGGUAAUGGUGGUGGCAGUGGCGCUGGUAAUGGCAGCAGCAGUGGCGGCAGUAUCAGUAUGGUGCGCAGUGGCAGCAGGGGCAGCAUCAGUGAUUUAUUGGCAGCUGCUGCUGGUGGUCGAGGAGCAACAGCAGCAGCAGCAGACACUGCUAUCGACUCCAUCAGUGCUGAUUCAUCAUCUUUAACCGCUGCCUCCCUUUCCUCUCUCCCUCUCUCCGCUGGCACAGCUGUCGCCGUCGCAGCAGCAGCAGCAGUAGCAUCCUCCACCGCUCUCUCCGCAGUCCUUUCCUCCGCCGCCUCCGCCGCAGCCUCGCUCUCAUCCCACCACACACCACCGCCUCAAACCAACCCAAACACCACAGCCGCCGACGGCAUAACCUUCCUCCCAGAAGCCUUAGGCGACCUCAUCCACCUGCAAACCCUAGUCCUCAGCUUCCACAACGGCCGCCACCACGUCCGCCUCCCUGACUCCAUCGGCCGCCUCUCCGCCCUCCGCUCCCUCGAGCUCGCCUUCACCUACCCUGCAUGCGUCCCCCCCUCUCUCUGGUCCCUCACUUCCCUCCGAGUGCUGCGCCUGGUGGGCUGGAAGGGCCUUGCUCUCCUCCCCAACUGCCUCGGCGAGCUAGCCAGUCUCCAAAUCCUCGACCUCCGCUGCUCCGAGCUCGUAGACCUGCCACCGUCCGCCGGUCUCAUCCGCUCGCUGCACGAGGUGGUCUGGGAGACCAAGCGCACGCGGGAGCUCGAGGCCUUUGGCUCAUCCGUCCCGCCAUCCAUCGUCGACUUUCCUUCCAUCCGCCGCCUCACUCUCAAGAACGUCUGGACCGUCUCUGGGGACAUUCAGCACCUCUCUGCGCUCACUCGCCUGGACAUCUCCGGAGCUAAAGGCCACCUGCGCUCGCUCCCCGAGGCUAUCGGCAGCCUGCCGAACCUCGUCCAUCUGGACGUGCGCGGGUCGUUCCGAGCCAUCCCAGCCUCCAUCGGCCGCCUGCGCCGGCUCGAAGUGCUCCGGCUACUCAGCGAGGUUCUCGAGGUGUUACCUCAGGAGCUCGGGGACCUGACCAGCCUUCGCCAGUUGCGUCUCGACGGCUGCCGCUCCAACCCUCCUCUCCCGGACUCUCUCUGGCAGCUGCAGCAGCUGCGAGUGCUCUCCAUGCCGUGCGACCGCGUCCCGGAUGAAAUCGGCGAUCUGCAGUCGCUCCACGCGCUCGAAAUCGACUGCGAUACGUCCCGCUCCUCCCCGCACCACGCGCUGCCGGCACGCAUCGGCUGGCUGAGAGAGCUCAAAGAGCUGCGCCUCGUCUGCCCCUACCUCCGCUCCCUCCCAGCCUCCUUUGUCUCCCUCUCCUCCCUGCGGGAGCUCCAGCUGCAAUUCGCCGGCCCGCUGCCAAAAGACUUUGGCCUCCUCACCUCGCUCCGCCGCCUCGUGCUCGACAGCCGGGAAGUUUACGCGCUGCCCGAGUCCUUUGGCGACCUGACCGGGCUCGAAACCCUGACCCUCGUCAGCGAAAAGCUAUCCACCAUUCCAGAGACUUUCGGAAACCUCUCCUCGCUGCGCUCCCUCUCCCUCGUGAACUGCUCGGGCCUCACCAGCCUGCCUGCCUCCUUUGGCGAUCUUUCCAGCCUCACCAGAAUCGAGGCGUCCUGUCGGGAUCUUGCAUGGCUGCCCGUGUCUAUCGGGAACCUAUCAGCGCUGCAGGUUCUGGAGGUGCAGAGCAGGCGGUUGUCUCAGCUGCCUGAGUCGUUUGGGAACCUGACCUCCCUGCACACGCUCAAGCUGCACUGUCCCAUGCUGCGCUCGCUGCCUGCUAGCUUCAGGCAAUUGCCUGAAAUGGUCCGUGCUCAUGCAGGUGUGAAGCUGUAUGUGAGUUAG